AUGCCGCCCUGGCGCAGUUUGCUCGGUAUCUUUGCGCUUUUCUUGUUAUUCUUCAUCUGGUCCGUACUUGCCGGCCCUCUCGAGCACUUCGAAGGGGGUCCAAAGGUCCGCCCUCGCUCUCUCAAUUUUCACGAGAAUAUCGAGGGUCGCGUCUCGUCCUACCAUAUCACACCUCCCGUCGCUAAACAUCGUCGAGAACUCGCUCGCAAUUAUCGUGAUAAACGUGCUGCAAGCCGUAGCUACGCUCGCGGAAGUGUUGAACCUCUCUCAACACAACCUAGAGACGAUGGAGGCUCAUACAGGUCACCACCCAUUCGGGCUACUGGGCAGCAUCAUCAAUACAGGAAACCUAAACGCGGGGAAGAUAUGAAUGGAGGAAUUGUUUCUGGUUUGACCGCCAGACAGCAGAGCAAUCCAGUCUGUGAUGGCUCGACUGCGGUUCCUCCCAGCUUCGAUGGAACCUGUACGUCUGACACGCCAUGCCCCAAUGGCGCAUGCUGUGGCGCGUCAGGGUAUUGCGGAUACGGAACCGAAUAUUGUGGAACUGGAUGCCUGUCAAACUGUGAUGCCAAGGCCGAAUGUGGUCCCAAUGCGCCAGCAGGCAAUCAAACCUGUCCUCUCAACGUUUGUUGUAGCCAGUUCGGCUUUUGCGGUACCACUGAUGAUUUCUGCGGCACGGGAUGCGUACCGCCAAAUUGUGGGCAGCCGACUAUUCCUUCCGGUCAGAAUGGUCCCGCCACAUCGCGAGUGAUUGGUUACUAUGAGGGCUGGGCUUCGUCUCGUGCAUGUGAUGCUUGGUAUCCUGAAACCAUCUUGGCACAAGCCUACACUCAUCUGUACUAUGCCUUUGCGGGGAUUGAUCCUAACUCAUAUGUAGUGCUGCCUGCGAGUGCAAGUGACGUUGCGCAAUACACAAAUUUCACAAAUCUCAAGCAAUCAAAUCCGAAUCUGAAGACAUAUAUUUCCGUUGGUGGCUGGUCAUUCAACGACCCCCCGACACAGAACGUGUUUAGCGAUGUAGCCUCAUCUCAAGAGAAUCGAGUUGCUUUCGCAACGUCCCUCGUUUCGUUCAUGCUUGAGUAUGGCUUUGAUGGCGUGGACAUUGAUUGGGAAUAUCCGGGCGCAUGCGAUCGUGGAGGCGGUCCUGCUGACGUACAAAACUACCCACUGCUUCUAGCCGCUCUACGUAGCGUUUUUGACGCUUCAGGUCACACGUUCGGGAUCACCUUCACAGCACCAAGCUCGUUUUGGUACCUCCAAAAUUUCGAUCUGCCGGCUUUGUUAGCUUCCGCCGACUGGGUCAAUCUCAUGACGUACGAUCUGCACGGAGUAUGGGAUGCAAAGGAUGUCUACAUCGGGGCGAUCGUGCAAGCCCACACAAAUUUGACUGAAAUCGAGCAGAGCGUGCAGCUGUUCCUUCGAGUUGACGUUCCUCUCGACCGCGUUACGCUUGGACUUGGUUUCUACGGCAGAUCAUUCCAGCUGAGUGAUCCGUCAUGCACGACUCCCGGCUGUCCUUUCAGCGGUCCUGCUCCAGCAGGCCCAUGCACUGCGUCCGCCGGUAUACUUUCAUAUGCCGAGAUUCAAACUGUUCUAAGCUCUACUAAUGCUACUCCCGUCCAUGAUGCCGAAGCGGCGGUCAUGUAUCUAGUAUAUGGAGAUUCAGACUGGAUAAGCUACGACGACUCCGAGACAUUCGCAGCUAAAGUCAGUUUCGCGCAGGGUGCUGGGUUCGGCGGCUUGAUGGUUUGGGCAGCGGAUUUGGACACAUUCUCAGGGAUGGCUAUUGAAGCCGUGCUCGGAGUCAAUGCCUCCUCUCUUCAAGUCCCAAAAGCGACUGAUGUCAACUCGCAAGAUGGCCAGCAGUGUAUGCAAAUGGCGUGUGGUCAAUCGUGUCCCUCAGGAUAUAUUCAAAUGACGGGUGCGUCUUCUUCGUUCUUCGCGCUGACGCGUUAUACUAAAUCUCUGUGCCAGAUGUUACUGAUGGAGAACUGGCCGAUCCUAAGUCAGGGUGCAGUGGAGGGCAAGGACGGCCAGUAUGUUGCCCCGUGGACUCGAUACCACAAGGAUGUCAAUGGCGCGGCACAGCUCCCGAUUGCAACGGGGUUUGCGAGGUCGGAGAGAUCACCCUUGCCGUCGAUUCCUGUCUGCCCCACCGGGACGUUUACACAAGCGAGGAGUUACUACGGGGACUCUAGUAUACUCCAUGCAUGUUGGAUGCAGGAAAAAUCGUAUUGCUGUUACCCGCCAGGGAAUAUAACGACAAACGCCCCUUUCAACGUUGAUGAUCUGUUUUCAGAUCCUCCGGCCAACGGGGAUCUUACGUGGGACGAGCAAAACGAAGCACUCGACGAGGAUGCCCCAGAUGGCGGGCAGGGUCCCGAUAAUGAUGCUUUCGGGCUCAUUGCAAUGGAUGGGCCAUCCAGUCUACUCUCCUCUGUGGAUCCGUCUUCCGACUGGGUCAUUUCCGGAUGCACUAACUCGGCCGAGUACCAAGUCGUCACGGCAUUCUGCAGCAAAGCUGAAGAUGAUCCUUCGUCCGGCUGUAGUGCUGUAUUUGAGAAUGAUGCUGAGAACACUGUCGUCAAAAUGCCCACCACUUGCGGAGCAGGUCCUUACGCGCGCCUUGCUGUGUUGAAGAUCAAUAAUGAAUUGACUUUAUCGUCCACGUUGUCGGCCCUUAAGCCGGCCAACAAUCCGAUUUACGAAAUGCAUUUUGACUACGAAUUCAAUCGCCUCUCAGAGACUAGGGAUGCCGCGACGGAUGGCGAUAUCCUUGUGCGGGUCGAUGCUACAAAUAUUCCGGAUUACUGGUCUGAAAUCGACACUGCUGAUCCCAAUUCCCCUGUCAAACGCGGGACACUUGAAGCAAGAUGGUUCGGAGGUUUCACGGAUUGGCUGGCGCGCCUCAACAAGGUGGAGCUAUCGAGCAGUGCCGAUCUUUCAAUCUCGCAAUCGUUCAGUCAGACACUGUUCUCCGCAAGCCAAACUUGUGCAUCAGCAGAUAGCUCGACAACAUUCACUGCAUCAAUAGAUCUCACUGCAUCAGGCUCUGCUGCUCUGCACCUCAGAUAUGGAUUUUACCUUGAGGGCACUUUAGUUACCACCACAAUCACGCAAGCGUACAUCUAUGCGUCUUCAGACGCAUCUGCGACCGCCGGGAUAGUUCUUUCGGGGCGUGCCACGGUGGAUUACACCAGUGGGAGAGUUGCAAUCAUUCCCGAAAUCUCGUGGCCUGGUCUUUCCUUUGCGGGCAUUGCCACUAUAGGACCCACUUUCAACAUCUAUGCCUUACUGGAAGGCAGUGUUUCUGCAUCUGGUACAUUUGCCUUCCAGACCUCGUACAAGUUCCCUAGCGGGCGAGUUGCAUACGGUAUAUAUGGGGAUCCAGGUGGCCAGCCCGACGAAGGUUUAAGCGGCACGGUGUCAACUACUCCCUCCUCAUUCCAAGUCACACCAGAGUAUAACAUUGAACUGGGAGGAUCUCUUGGCAUACAUGUCAUUCCCGAGGCAGACCUCGGCAUCAACGUUCUUGGAUUUGGGGCUUCAGCCUACAUUGCAGCAGAUGCUGCUCUUACCUUAGAUUUUAGUGUUGAUCUCUCUGCGGCUUCAAUAAGUGUAGAUGGAUCGCUCGACUUCACUGGUGGUGUCGAUCAAGUGUCGGCAUCGACUAGGACAAGUCUAGUGGGGCCAUUCUCGUUCUAUACCAACACCUGGAACAUAUACAACUACACGCUGGCGUUCGGGUCAACGAGCACCGACGAUCUGGAGAUGCCUUUUAGCUUAAACCCUUGGCAGACGGUGUCCUAUUCGGCCAGCCUCCCUAUACUUCAUGAGAGUUUUGAGAAGAGAUCUGUCCUCAGCGGAAUAUUGGGUGAUAUGACAUGUCCUAGCGCAGUAAAUGGAACCACCGACGUUGAAGCGGAACUUCAAGACGAUGACACAAAUCUAGAUCCAGACGACGUUUCUGAUGAGCUGAUGCGGCGUUUCUUUGAUGACGAGGAUCCAGCUGGUCAUCAGUUCGUUUCGACAGGUUGUUCUGGGUGCACGAUCGUUCCCCCAUAUUAUAGGGAUAUCGGCUCUAGCAUAUACUAUGAUCUCGAAAAUCCAUUCUCUCCUUCGGAUGUUUCUGUAGAAGCAUGGUCUCAGCCACAGCCGUAUGCAGCGGUCAAUCCCAACACAGGAUCUCAAACAACAGGAAAAACCACGGGAUACGGACUUGAACACGUAUAUGAAGCACAACUGCUCACGGUCUUCAUCAGUGAUGUAGUUCAGAAUAAUGUCAACUACCAGGCCGCUGGAAGGUCAAGUUUCUGCAAUUGGCUGACGUAUUUUGUCUGGAACGAUCAGUUCGGCAGAGGUGAAACUUACGCCAAUAUGCUGAAGUCAGCGCUACCAUCAUCCUCCAAUGCAAAGCUUCAUGCAAUGCCAUUCCUCAAUCAGAUAGCAAAUCAAGCAAAGGCUGCAUUCAUAGUCCAGAACAAACGGCAAUUUAGAAAGCAGAGUACAUUACAAGCGAAGAAACCUGCAACUGUGAUAUACCUCAUGCGCCAAGCCGGUUUAGCGAUCGAGUAUAUGAAUGAACCCGACAUCAUCAAGUCGUUCUACUUGGUUGCUGAACCAGUUCGACAGAUUUGGGUUCAAUUCUUCUCCGAGUUGGGUGGAUUCAUUGCCAUUCUUUGA